AGGACGCCGGGCCAGUCCAGCCCCAGGCCCCGCCGCGAUGAAGCACCCGCCGCCGCCCCGCCGCUGCGGCGUCGUGGCGGCGGUCGUCGCGCUCGUCCUCCUCGCCUGCCUCCAGAUCCAGUACCACCACCUCAAGGUGGAUCUCGGGAAGGCCGGCUUUGCCUCUGCCACGCAAGACAACUCGAAUCGCAACCGCAUUCACUUGGGGACCAGCAGCAAGCCGGCCACUGCCACCACCAACUCCUUGCCGCGCGGCAUCGUCGAGCGCCACUCCGACAUGUAUCUCCGCCCGCUCUGGGAUGACUCCGCUGCUACCACCCACAAGAAUAAAAAUGGUGACCACAAUGCUCUCUUGGCCAUGGCAGUUGGCAUCUCCCAAAUAAAAAACGUGGACACUAUGGCUCGUAAGUUUCUGAAGGAAAACUAUGCAGUUAUGCUCUUCCAUUAUGAUGGAAAUGUAGAUGGAUGGCAUCAUCUUGCGUGGAGUGAUAAGGCCAUACACAUUCUCGCUCACAACCAAACAAAAUGGUGGUUUGCUAAGCGUUUUCUGCAUCCUGAUGUCAUGGCUAUAUAUGAUUUCAUCUUUUUAUGGGAUGAAGACCUUGGAGUGGAGAAUUUUAACCCGAGAAGGUAUCUAGAUAUAAUGGUUUCUGAAGGCUUAGAAAUAACACAACCUGCUCUGGACCCUGAUUUAUCAACUGAUAUCCACCACCGAAUCACAAUCCGCAAUAAGAUUACAAAAGUGCACAGGAGAAUAUACGACAAUCGGCCUAGUAUGAAUUGUUCUGAUGAAAGUAAAGGACCUCCUUGUACAGGGUGGGUUGAGGGCAUGGCACCGGUUUUUUCUCGCGCUGCCUGGAAGUGUGUAUGGCAUCUAAUUCAGAAUGAUCUGAUUCAUGGUUGGGGUCUUGACAUGAAGCUUGGCUAUUGUGCUCAGGGUGAUCGAACUGAGAAAGUUGGUGUAAUUGACAGUGAGUAUGUUGUCCAUCAAGGGAUACCAUCUUUAGGAGGACCAUCACUUAGCAGCAAGACACCUCGAAGAUCACUGGAUUUGAGGACCCAUAUAAGAAGACAAUCAUCAGCUGAGCUGGAGAAGUUCAAAGAACGGUGGAACAGAGCUGUAAGAGAAGAUGAAGGAUGGAGGGAUCCUUUUGAAUCUUGAUUGCUGUGAGAGCAGAAUGCGACACCUCACAUGAGUGAAGCUGGGAAUCCAGUGGCCUCAGCCAUAGCAGUUCUUGGGGAGUGAAGGCUAUCUCAUCACACAAUGCAACAUGUGGGCCUCAUGUUAUAGGAUACACAUACUGUAACUUUAUCCCCGUGACACAAAGGAAGUACUGGAAAUGGUAUCAUCAAUACAGGGAGCAGGUGAUGGAUAAGCUGGAACUGAACUAACAAGGGACUAUACACAAUGCUGUAAUUUUUGGUCGAGUUGUAUAGUGACAUCAUAUAGAGUUAUAGACGCUUGAUGCUUGUGCAGUUAUUUAAUCAGAAAUCUUAUACAUACAUAACCUAGAGCAGAUUUCUUUCCUAUUACUGUGUUGUAUUGCAAUACCAUGUAAGAAGAGGAAAAAGGCAUACUUACAUAGUUGAAUCCCAUGGCUCAGAAAUAGUACCA